AUGUUCCGUGCCACCCGCCCACUGUUCUACGCCGCCCAGGCACUCAAGGAGACCACCGGCAUCGUGGGCCUUCCGGUGCACAAGAACCCCCUUCCGGCGCUCAAGUCGCUCUAUACCGAGACGCUAACCGGCCUCGCCGCUCUCCCCGCGUCGAGCGUGUACCGCCAGGCAACGGAGGCGCUGACGAAGAACCGCAUGGCAAUCGUGGAGCGCGCCGGCGAGGACAUUUCCUCAGCGGAGCGUGAGCUCGGCACCAUUGUCGAGAUCGCGAUUGAGGAGGCCAAGAUCGAGAAGCACCUCCUUGGCCAGAUGGGCGAGUGGAAGGCCUGGGAGCCGCUCGAGGAGAAGCCCGAGCCCAACCAGUGGCGGUACUUUGACCCCACUGGCGACUCGCUGUAA